AUGAGGGAAAAAGACGAUAGAAAAUUGAAGAAUAAUGCUUUUCCACCAAUUUUCUCUUUUUUUAUACUACAACUACCACGAAGAUCUAAGGCCUAA